AUGGAAGAAUUAGAUGACGAAGUGAAAGGUGAUGAAAGGGAAGAAUUAGAUAAUGAAAGGGAAGGCAAUAAAAAGGAAGAAUUAGACAACAAAGGGGAAGAAUUAGAUGACGAAAGGGAAGGUGACAAAGGAAAGGCAAUGAAAGGGAAGAAUUAG